AUGAACACUUCUGAAUCAUCGGCGCCCCCUCCGACAGGUCCCAGCAACCGCAAAGAGCUCGGCUCCUCGUCGUCUCGCUCGGACUCGCGUCUAUCAUCGUCCUUUGGCAGCAGCCGGUCCCACUCGAGCUCGUCCCGAAAGCAGGCUCGUCCUGCAAACCAGCCGCCCCAGCCCCAGUCCACCGAGUCCACCCCGAUCUUUAACGGUGUAGACGCCUCGAGGCGCAAUUAUCAGUCCACCGACGGUCCCUCCACCUCCCAGCCCGGUCAGAACAAAGAUGCCCCAGACAAUGCUGGGCCGAGUAACGGUGCCGCUGGUACCGCGCCCAACCAGGAGACCAACCCGGCAGACUCGCCUGCCGAGUUACGACAGUCCUGGUACAGCCGACUAGCAGACCGAUAUGGCAGUCUGGAGCUGGAGAACAAGGGCAGUGUCGCACGCGACCAUCUUGCGCUAGAACGAACAUUCCUAGCAUGGAUGCGCACCUCCCUGGCCUUCGCCUCCAUCGGCAUCGCCGUAACCCAACUCUUCCGUCUAAACACCGCCACCACAACCACACACGAGUCCCAGGUCCACUCGUCCUCCGCUAUCCUCCCGCCUCAUCUUUUCUCAGAGUAUAAUAGUCGCCCCGCAUUCACCGACGCCUCCUCCAAUUCCUCCCGCCUCCGCAGCGUCGGCAAGCCCCUCGGCACGACGUUCAUCGCCGUCGCCAUCCUGAUCUUGAUCAUUGGCUUCCACCGCUACUUCGAGAGCCAGUACUGGAUUAUCCGGGGCAAGUUCCCUGCGAGUCGUGGCAGCGUCGCCAUCACGGCGCUUGUGGCUGCCGCGCUGAUUGUUGCUGCUCUGGCGGUUAUUCUGGCUGUUUCGCCUGGUGCUAUUGAGCGGUAG